GGAACAGCAAGACUGCGAGAUCGCCCAGGAGAUCCAGGUCAAGCUGGUCAUCGAAGCGGAGCAGCAGCGUCGUCAGGAAGAGGGUGACGAGGACAUUGCUCGGAUUCUGCAGCAGAAGGAACUGCAGGAGGAGAAGAGGCGGAAGAAGCCGCCCCCGGACCCCCUGCGGCUGGGCGCUUCCGAAGAAGGCUACCCCCCGGAGAACAGAGGGGCAAAACCUCGGGGGUCCAAAGAAGACCCCUUCGCCAGACCCCGAUCGGGGGCUUCCCGUGACCCCGAGGCCUACGAUGCCGAGAUUGCCUGGAAGUUGCAGGAGGAGGAACUGCUGGCCAGCCAGGUGGACAGGAGGGCUGCACAAGUUGCUCAGGAUGAGGAAAUAGCCCGGCUGCUGAUGGCAGAGGAGAAGAAAGCAUACAAAAAAGCGAAGGAACGGGAAAAGAAGAGGCAGGAUCCCGACUGGAAGCAGGAGCCCCCCGAGUCGGUGUGCGGCCGGACAAGGGAAGGACAUGACCCUCACCGAGGCAGGGGCGAGAAGCCCACACGAGCCGGUCCACCGUCGACCAAGGACUUGGAGCCUCACACUGGCCUUACACAUCAGCAUAACGUGGCACAUCCGAUAUCCAGACCAGAGUCAGCUCAUAAAGGUCACCACUAUAAGCAGUAGGAGAAAGCCACCCUCGACUUUUCUCUCCAUAGAUACUGACUUUCCAGUGUAGCCAGCUUUAUUGCAUUUCUUCCAAGAGAGUUCCUGACGUCCCGUCGUUCUCCAAGGAGGUCACUUCCUUCCCAGCAGGAAAACGUCCACGGACAGUUCCUCCUCCUUCAGCCUGUUGUAGGGCGAUGUUCUCCUUGUCUCUGACU